AUGCCAGCGGUGAAUAUUGUCGACGUCAGCUACGUGGCUGUGCCGGCGAUGGCCACGCUGCCGCCGGAGCCGAUCAAGCUCACCGCGAUGGAGACGCUGUGGCUCCCCGUCCCGGUGCUGCAACACGUCUUGUUCUACGAAGGCGCCGGCGUCUCGCCGCCGUUCGAAACCGUUGUCCGGUCGCUCCGGACGUCCCUAGGCUUGACGCUGCCGAGGUUCGCUCCUCUCGCCGGCGAGCUCGUCUACCUGGAGGACACCGUCGACCUCGCCAUCGCGUGCUCCGCCUCGAGCGGCGUCAAGUUCGUGACGGCAGAGUCCGACGCCGACGCCCGCCGCCUCGCGGGCGACGAGUCGCAGGACCUGCAGACGUUGGAGAGCCUUGUGCCUCAGCUGGACAUGGGCAGGCUGCCCAUGCCUGUUCUGGCGGUGCAGGCCACGCGCCUGCAGGGCGGGCUGGCGAUCGGCGUGACGAUGCACCACGGAGUCGCCGAUGGCAAGUCGUUCUGGAUGUUCGUGGAGGCGUGGGCGGCGGCGUGCCGGGGCGAGGCGCCGACCGCGACACCGUGCUUCGACCGCUCUGUCAUCAAGUGGUCCAGUGGUGAGGAGAUCGACAAGAGCUUCUUGCGCAAGUUCGCGCCAUACUUUCCUCUUGUGCCUCAGGCGGAAUCGUUUCUUGGAGAACGCAAGCAGCUCAUCCGCCGGACGUUCACCGUGGACGCACAGCAACUCGAACGCCUAAAGGACCUCAUCGCCCGCGACGGCGAAGCCCACGGCGAAGCCCACGGCGCGCCACUGCAUCGGCCUCCAUCGAGCUUCGUCGCCGUCCUCGCGAUGGCCUGGACGUUCUUCGCCCGGUGCAAGACCUCCGCCGCGGACGACGGCGACGUGUUCGUUUUCUUCUUCGCCGACGUCCGCGCGCGCCUCGACCCUCCCGUCGACCCGGGGUACUUCGGGGCCUGUCUGACCGGGUGCCGCGUGAGUCUCCCGGUGCGCGACGUCCACGCCGACGGCGCACUGCCGGCCGCCGCGUCGGCGCUACAGGAGGGGAUCCGCAGAAUGGCGGAGGAUCCGCUAGCCGGGUGGAAUUUCCCGAGCCAGGCCCGCGGCAAGGGCCCCGCGGACAGGGUGAUGAACGUGUCCGGCUCGGCAGGUUUCCGUCCGUACGACGUCGCUGACUUCGGGUGGGGGAAGCCGAGACGGACGGAGCCGAUCAGGUUGAACCGCGACGGGCAGUUGGCGCUGGUCCGUGCCGCCGACGGCCACGGGGUGCAGAUCUCCAUCUCCUUGCUCCAACAAGCACACAUGGACGCUUUCAAGUCACAGUUGCUCGAGUUAUUGGGAUAACAUGCAAAUCCUCCUUCCGUUUUAUAAAAUAUAAAAUCCUACCCCUUCCGCCCAAUAAGAGAUAAGGUAUUUUAUU